AUGGAGGGCGUGCGCAGCUUGCCAGAGGGAGUGACAUCCACCAUCAACGUGCUGAUUGACAGGGCUCUUUCUGGAACUUCCAUGGUCAAGUCAGCAGAAGGCAUCUUGACCUUGUUGAGGAAGGAGCAAGUGUUGCUCCAGCUUCGCCUGACGCCAAAGAUGGUUGGGGUGCAUCCGCGCAAUCGAGAUGGAGUUGGGGUAGCGGUGCGCGAGGUACAUUCCUUGCUGGCAGACAUUCUCGACACAGGGUUUGUCCCGAGCUUGGUCAGUGCUUUGGCCUUUGAGGUGACAGGCCCCGAAGAGUUGGAGUUCAACCGAAAGCUGAUCGAGUCUGCGGGUGGCCAGCUAGGAGUUGCCGAUGUGGCACAGAUGAGGUAUUUGUCUGUGUGCGGCUCACACACCAACUUCGUCCUCCGGCUCUUUGUGGACUCAGUUGAACACAGCCAGAACCAGCAGGUCACUGUCAACGGCAGGCUGAGCCAAGACGCUCUUCGUCUUGCCGACACGGCUUUCUUCCAGGCUGCGCAGGAGGGGGUGGUCUGGGAGAUCAUUCCCUCGUGGAUCGCAUUGCAGUUUCCACGAUUACCAGAGAUCUUGCAACAGGUUGGAAAUACUUCCCUCAACCGCGGGGAGAGCGAGAUGCAAAUGUUGCAGCGGCUGCACUCCAUGUGCGUUGAGCGCACAUCAAAAGGGGAAAGGGUGAAUCUCGAAGAUGUGAAGCGGCGGGCGUUGGCAAGCAAGCCAGCUUUUGCUGAAAGCUUGUCAGACAUGUGGACCUUUGUCAUGAGGUACUCAGGAGGCGCCAAGGCAAACAUGAUGCAAGAAACCCAGCAGUUCGUGAUGACAAACGCCAAGUCAACUCAGCUGGGUGCUCCUUUGUGGAAGGCACUGGUUGAGGAGUCCAAGAUUGCCACCAACUCCCUUGUGAGAUGGCGACACGCCAUUUUGAAGCAGGGCUACUUCCACGGGGUGAAAGCAUUGGAUGUGAAGAGGUCAUUCAGCAAGGACAUGGUGCGGAGGGUGGCAGAAGCCAAUGACCUCAUGUUGGAGGUCAGGUUGCUCCUCAAGCAGUUUGGAGACUCCUAUUUGUGUGACCAGAAGUGCUGCACGGCAAUCGGAUUUUUUGAGAUGGCCGUUGUCCAAUUUGUCCUUGGCCUCAAGCAGCCAGACCAAAAGGUGUACAAGAGCACCGAUGCCAUUGCGAACGACGUCAUCAAGCUUCUCACAACCUUGACUGGCCAUGAGAUUCCAAAUCGAUGGUCAGCGGAGGAUUUGGAAAAUGCUUUGGAGUCGGGGCCGACGAUGAGCCUCCGUGAGCUUGGAGAAGACGGUCAGCUCAUGGAUCCUUCAGUGUUGGUGAAAGAAGCUGGUUGGGCUGUAGGGCAGUCAUGCAGACGAGUGAAAGACAAGCUUGUAGGCAUCAUCACGGAGAUCACCCAUGAGACUGUCAAGAUUGAUUGUGGCAAAGGCCUAUUGAGCAAGGUGCCUUUGUCUGAGUUUGAAGCCGGCAUGUGGCAGCAUUUCACUCCAAAGAGUUUGCCUUCUGCUUUGGACUUCGAAGAAGAAUGGCUGCCACACAAGUCACUUGAGUUUCAAGUGCACCGCUUGAAGGCCAUGAUCAUGGGAGAGCUCUUUGACCUAUCCGAAUCUCAUGUUGAGAAGAUGCACACGCAGAAGUUGCAGGUCCAAACAAAGCCGUCGAAGGCACUGGUGGCAAAGGAGAAGAUUUUGAGUAGGAAGCUGAUCCUUGUGCCAUCUACUGUCAAGAUCCAGGCCAAGCACAAGCAUGACAAGAAGGAGACCUAUGAAGUGCUCCAAACCAUGAUGCCAGAGGUGACUAUUUGGUUGUCUCCUCACACAGCCCUUCCGGAUGAGAACGAUGAGGAUGGGCGAUUUGUGGCUUCGUUUUGGUUUGUGAAGAGUGGACAUUUGCCAAACCCGAAUGUGAACAUGGAGAUCUUCUAUAUGAGCGGCAAGAACAAAGCCUUUCAGUUUCCAUGCAUGCGGAACAUCAGGAUCCUUCAGCCAGGUGAGGAGUUGAUGAUUGCUAAGGAGUCCAAAGAGUCUCGAGCUGAAGAGAAGCCAAACAAGAGGCAACGGAGGUAG